AUGAAGCGGAAAGAUCGGAGGGAGUCCGAGGACGUCAAGCCAUCGACGUCUUCCAAAAAUGAGAAGGAGCCCGCGUCGAAGAAGGGCCGGAAAUCGAAGGGCGACAAGGAGAAUCAUCGACGCAGCAGGCGGAGCCCCUCGGAAGAUGGCUUCGACGCGAAGGAGUACAAAACCUCCUACUUCCUCCCGCUCACCAAAUUGAACGACCACAUCACGUGCCAGAUUUGCAAGGGCUACCUCAUCGAUGCAACUACGGUUAUCGAAUGUCUACACACUUUUUGCAAAUCGUGUUUGCUGAAGCAUUUUGAGGACAAGGACAACAAUUGCCCCCAGUAUGUUGCCGAGGAAAAACGGAGAAGAUACGAUUUCCUGAGACGGCAAAAUAAAAAACAGGGCAUUAUCGAUGAGCCGAUGCCCGGGAAGAAGGAAGAAGUCCUCGAUGUUGGUCCAAUGUAUAAAUGCUAUCAAACAAAACCGGAAGUGUCACAUCACCGCCAAGGGGACCAGACAAUGGUCGAGCUGUCCCCAUCGCCUGGCCUUGGAAAAAUUGGUCGUAAUAUCGUUAGACUACAUUUUAUGGCCACGAUAAAUCUGAUAAAACGAUACCUGGCGCUAUGCCUCUGGAACGACGUGUGGUACCAAAGAGCUGGACGUUUUCUGCAACAACGAGCUGAUGGGCAAGGAUUUCUCGAUGAAGUUUAUCCGUAUGACGAAGUUCCGAAACCU